AUUAUAUGACCAAGAAAGGUCAGGUUCAAACGAUAAGCGCAGGCGCAGAGUCAGUUCGUCUUAGUGCUUUGAUUGGGACAGAAUUCACUACAGUGACAGUGAAGUGAGCAAAAGAUUACCAAAAUGGCGGGUUGGUAUGACUACCCUGCUUUGGAGCCCUACAAGUUGGACCGACAUUUACCUCUAAACCAUGCGUGGGUCGUAGCCAACACAUCUAUCAGUGAUGUGGAUAUCUAUUCCCGUAGAGAAGACUGUUAUGAAUGUCAAUAUGAACUGCAUAAGUCUCUGAAGUCUAACAAGCCAGCAUCGUGGAUGGUUGACAGUUCCUCGCAGGUGACCUGGCUUGUCAUGAGGUCCAAACAAGGGCGACCUACAAGUGAUAUGACGAAAAAGAGCUGGCUUUGCGAAAUGAGGCCGACUUUCCACGAGGGUGGCAUUUACCGUUUGGAUGUGGGAGACUGUGAAAUCAAACCUGAAAUACCGGUACCUUGGACGUCUCUGUCUCUAUUGGCAAGCAUUCUUAUAUUGCUUGUCACAUGCACCAUUUACACAUUUGCAAGGUUUAUGUACAAUCGGAAGCAACAGAGGGAGAAGGCUAGCCAUGGAAAAGCGUUGGAAGCAAGCAACGAAAACGACGAACAGAAUCCUGCGCUAAAUGUCUUUAAGGGCAUUCUAAUGUCUAUGAUAAUCUUCGUCACUACGGGCGGCGGAGGCUACGCUUUCCUCACCGCCCCAAAAAGUGGUAUUACCUUGGCCGAAGGCUUGCUCUACAUGUACGUUUGGAGUAUUGGAGUCAACAUCCCCACUUUUAUGGACAAAGCUUUCAGAGAAAACACCAAAUGUCACAUUUUCAGAGAUAUUUUUGUGAGAGCAUUAAUCCUCGUUUUUAUGGGAACAACUAUAGAUUCUAUAGUUGCAUAUCAGAUGUUUUCAAUAUCAUUAUGGUGUCCACUGCAAAAGAUCGGAAUUGCAUAUCUCAUCGUGGCUACAGCUUAUGUUCUCACUGUUCAGCGGUUCGAAAUGAAAUCUAAGAAAAUCAUUUGCAAGGCUAUUAAAAACCUCAUCUCUUUACUAUGGAUUUGGAUCAUAGCUGGUUUCCUUAUAGCUAUCUUCAUAAUCUUGACAUCUACCUUUGUUUCUUUCAAUUGUUUGAGUAAUACUAGUUUGCAGUAUAAAAGGCCUUCUUUCUGGACUCCUCCACCACCAGAAACCCAGAACUGCAACAACCAUGUAUCUGAAUAUGCAAAUAAAAUUCUGGUGGGACAGAGCAAGAAGACUGUUGACGUCCAUCGGUUCAUUGCUUUUACUGGUGGUGCUAUGGGAAUAUUAUCAACGAUUCUGAUAAUGAUGAUUGGACUAAAAUCCGGAGUGGUCUACCUUCAGCAUCAAGCCCAUUCGGACAGAUUGAAACUAUGGGGUCUAUGGGCAACUUUAUUCGGAUUAGGUGGAACAUGUUUUGCUGUUGUGACCUAUCCGUUGGAAUUUAAUCUGUGGCCUUUAUCAUCAAUCCAACUUAUCGGAGUAGCCGCUAUGUGCAUCUUCUCUCUCAUCUACGUCAUCACAGAAGUCUGGAGGUUCAACAGCUACAUUUUAUCUUCUCUCGGCAUCUCUUCCCUGGUCGUCCUCUGUGGCCAUGUUCUGUUCUCCGGCUCUAUCCCCUUCAGAUGGGGCAUCGUUCUUGACAAUCAUGUUAUGUUCUUGCUCCAAAAUUAUUGGAUUAUUCUGCUUUGGAUUGUCAUUGGAAUUGCUUUAAGGAGACGAAAUGUCCAUUUUGAGAUUUAGUUUAGGAUUUAUAUUUAAAUAAGAAUAUAAUUUGAUGUUUGAAGCUUAUAGAUGCUUUGUUUUUAUAUUAUUUCAUUAUGUUAUUUUUACAAAUGAAAUCUAAAUAAAUACUUAACUUUUAUUAUGUAAUCAAAAGCUAUUAAAUAGUUAAUAAUAUUGCUCGGUAUACUUUCUCGGUCUAUAAAAUAUAGUUUGACUGUUAAGCAACUUAUUUGCGUAAGUAAUUUUAUAGAAUUCUCAUUAAUGAUUAACAGGAAUAAAAUAUACUUUGCAUUUA